GUAAUUCGAGGAAAUAAUCAGUAAUGGCGACGUGGUGUCCAUGUGGUUUGUGGUGACUUUAUACCGUAUGACUUCUUUUAAAAUGUAUGUCUCUCUUUGUGUUUUCACGACUUUCUAUUGAUUUUAGUAGGAAGAUAAGAUAGUGAUUACCAGAAGAAUAAAAAAGAUAUGGAUAAACGUUUACGUAUAGAGGAUACAAACGAUAUAUAUAUAGGUUCAAGUUGCUGCAGAUGUCAUAAUUUUUUAAUAAGAAUGUGAAAUAUAUGAACGAAGUAAAAUAAUUAUUAAAUUUACUUUUAUAUUAGGAAUGCUACGGAACAAGUGUGCAUUUUUACAGAAAAGACAAUCAUUAAAAUAUAUGUGUUUGUUUAAAAACAUUUACAAAAGGUGCUUUUCGGUUGAUUUGCCAUGUUCCUUAGUAAAACAAAUCGAAAAAAAUACAGAUAGGGUACUAUAUAGGAACAAAGAAAACUUAUACAUGCAUUCAAUAAUGGAAAAUAUAGUUAAUUAUCAAGAAAGUGUUGUUAAACAUCCUUCUGUUAGUAAGAUUUCAUUCAAAACUAUAAUAAAAGUGGAAGAAAAUUUUAUAAGGUCUCAAAGUAAUGAGGAAUCUGAUAACUAUAAUGUAAACAAAGCUGUGCAAAGAUUCUGCAUUCUCUCUGAAGAAAAUUUUCAAAAUCCUGUAAAUAUAGAAGAUCCUAAGUAUGAAAAUAUGGUAGAUAUCAUUUCUAAUAACUUGUCUGUGUUGAAUAACAAUAUGCUAAUUAGUAUUUUGCAUUGUUUUUGCUUGUGGCCAGUAACUGCCUCUACAGAAACUCGCAAUUUCAAAACUCUAUGGAAUGCACUUGAUGAAGAAUGUGCAAAUCGUUUGACAGAUUGGUCUAGGAACACACAGUUUUUAGUAGCAAAUUAUUGGUUUCAUUUGAGACUGAGCAGGAUUACUAAAUAUAAUAGACGAUUGAUAAGAUUAUUAUUACAUACUGUGGAUACUUUAAAUCCUUCUGAAUUUGUUCAAUUAAUGUUUUAUAUCAAUUUACAAAGAUGGACAAAUGAAAAGUCUCAAAAUAAUGUAGAAAAUAAAAUUAAUCACAUAAUGUAUCAGAUUAGUAUAAAUGAGCUGGCAAUUAUAAGCAUGGGACUUUUUAAAUCUAGAAGUAAAAUUAAUAACUCUUCUGUCUUGAAAAAUAUGAUUAAUUUAGUAAAGAAACAAAUACCAGAGAUUAAUAAUAAUUAUUCUCUUGCUUCACUUCUAAAGCAAAUUAGGUACAGUUCUCAAUCUGAACAUGUUAAAGAUAUUUAUGAUUUGCAAACCAAAUGUAUACCUUUUGUGGAUAAGUGGAAUCCUCCAGCAUGUAUUCAUGUAAUAUUGUUAGGGACGAGUAUCAAUGUUCGCCACACACAAAUUUUAGAUGCUGUCGCUAACAAACUUUUAAAAGAUAUUAAAGAAGUACGUUUAAAAGAAAUUACAAAAUUAUUACAUUGUUUAUCAAAAUAUUUUCACAAACCUGAUACAAAUGUUGAUAUAUUUCAUACAUUAAUUAAUGAAUUAAGAACUCCUCUAAGGGAAGAAGAAAUUUAUCAAUAUCCAACAUGUCUUUUACAAUUUCUACUAAGCUUAUCUUUUUUCAGUUCAUAUCCAGAUGAUCUUUUAGCCAAGCUUUUCAAUUUGGAUUUUAUAAAUUUAAUUAAAGAAAAAUCUCAAUUGGAUACAAAUGAAGAACUGUUAACAUUGUAUUAUGCAGUACAAAUUGAAAUGAUGAAUAAUAAAAUUAAAUUUAAUGCUGAUGAAAUAUUAAAGGAUUUUGAAUAUUCUUCAAAGCAUUCCAGUUAUACCCAUCAAAAUCAAUUUUUAGGUAGUAUCUGUGAAGAACUGAAUAAAAUUUUUUCAAAGGAAUUUUUCUCUGUUCGAAAAAUAUUACCAUAUUCUCGUUAUCAAGAAAUAAUCCUAACACAAAAUAGAAAUGGAAUUUUUAUACCAUUACCAGUAUUAGAAGAAAAAUCUUUAAAAUUGUUGAAGCCUUCAUUAAAUAAUAAUUGGUUAUGUAUAAUGCCAUUAGGUAGAAACCAAUUUUCUUCAAAUGAUCAGACUCUAUUGGGUUUACCUUCCAUGAAGAAAAGACAUUUAAUGAAAUUGGGAUAUAAAGUUAUUGAGAUUCCGUGGUUUGAAUUUCUUCAUCUUUCGACUAGUGCAAGAUUAAAUUAUAUUAAACAGAAACUUUUUAUAAAUAAAUCAAAUUUAUCUGUUAGAAAAUCAUUUGAUAUGUCAAAUCUAAUUAAAAAUAUUUUGAAAUAAAUAUUAAUUUUAUUUACUAAAA